GAAACGUAACUUCCGGUCUGCCAUAGCGUACUGGCGGGAGUUUCCAGCAUGGCGGUGCAGCCGAAGCAGAAUCUGUCUAUGGACAGCGCAGCUGAACAUGGCUUUCUUAACUCUUACUUCUCCAUGCCGGAGAAACCAGACACCACUUUCCGAGUGUUCGAUCGCAAUGAUUACUAUACCGUGCAUGGUAAAGAUGCUCUAUUCGCUGCGAAGGAGGUUUUCAAGACGAACGGGGUCAUCAAGAAUCUGGGCUCAGGGACCCGCAAGUUGGAGAGCGUUAUCCUCAGCAAGCUCAACUUUGAAGCCUUCGUGCGGGACCUGCUGCUGGUGAGGCAGUACCGAGUGGAAGUUUACAAGAACCACAGCAAGAACAGCAGGGAGCACGAUUGGAGAAUUGCCUUCAAGGCUUCUCCCGGCAACCUGACCCAGUUUGAGGAGAUCCUGUUUGGGAGUGGGGCCGGUGCAGAGGGCUGCGCCGGGGUCGUGGCGGUGAAGCUGGGCACGGGCGCCGACGGACAGCGCGUGGUGGGCGUCGGCUACGUGGACGCCGCCCAGAGGACCAUGGGGGUGUGCGAGUUCCCGGACGGCGAGAUCUUCUCCAACCUGGAGUCCCUGCUGGUCCAGAUCGGCCCCAAAGAGUGUCUCCUCGCGCAGGGGGACGGGAACAGCGACGGCGCCAAGCUCAAGGAGGUGGUGCAGCGUGGGGGUGUCCUGGUGUCUGACAGGAAGAAGGCGGAGUUCAGUAGUAAGGACAUGGUGCAGGACCUCAACCGGCUCCUGAGGACCAAGAAGGGGGAGACGGCCGCCAGCAACACCCUGCCCGAGCUGGACAAGCAGGUGGCCAUGUCGUGCCUGGCUGCCGUAGUCCGCUACCUUGAGCUCCUGUCUGACGAGUCCCACUUCAACUCCUUCAGCCUGACGCCUCUGGAGCUCGGCCAGUACAUGAGGCUGGACAACGCUGCCGUGCAGGCCCUCAACCUCUUCCAGGGUUCACCCGACGACACCAGCGGAGCUCAUUCAUUGGCCGGUCUUCUGAACAAGUGCCGCACCCCUCAAGGCCAGCGAUUGGUCAACCAGUGGAUCAAGCAGCCACUGAUGGACAGGACCAGGAUAGAGGAGAGGCUGGACCUUGUGGAGAGCUUCGUGUGCGACUCUGAGCUGCGGCAGACGUGCCAGGAGGACCUGCUGCGCCGCUUCCCUGACCUCCACCGGCUGGCCAAGAAGUUCCACAGGCACUCGGCCACGCUGCAGGACUGCCACCGCGUGUACCAGGCCGUGGGACACAUCCCCGCCCUGGUGCAGGCCCUGGACAGAUACUCUGGCAGCUACCAGGUUCUGCUGGAGGCGUCGUUUAUCACCCCGUUCCGAGACAUGGAGGCGGACUUCAGCAAGUACCAGGAAAUGAUUGAGACCACGCUCGACAUGAACCAGGUGGACCACCAUGAGUUCCUGGUGAAGGCCUCGUUCGACCCGGUGCUCAGUGAGCUGCGGGAGACCAUGGAUGCGCUGGAGAAGAGCAUGCAGGCGGUGCUGGGGGCGGCAGCAAGGGACCUGGGCCUGGACGCCGGCAAGACGGUGAAGCUGGAGUCCAACGCCAUUCUGGGCUUCUACCUCAGGGUCACCUGCAAGGAGGAGAAGAGCCUGAGGAACAACAAGAAGUACACCACGCUGGACGUCCAGAAGAACGGCGUGCGCUUCACCAACGGCAAGCUGAGCUCGCUAAACGAGGACUACAAGAAAAACCGGGAGGAGUACGAGGAGGCCCAGAAUGCCAUCGUCAAGGAAAUAAUCACCAUCGCCUCAGGCUACGUGGACCCCCUGCAGGCGCUGAGCGACGCCACGGCCCAGCUGGACGCGGUGGUGAGCCUUGCGGCGGCGGCGGUCUCGGCGCCCGUGCCCUACGUCAGGCCCCGCCUCCUGGCGCCGGAGGAGCCGCGGCGGCUGGAGCUGCGGCAGGCGCGCCACCCCUGCAUGGAGACGGACGCCGACGCGGCCUUCAUCCCCAACGACAUCAGCUUCACCCGCGGCGAGAAGAGCUUCUACAUCAUCACAGGGCCCAACAUGGGGGGCAAGUCCACCUUCAUCCGGCAGGUGGGCGUGGUCGCGCUCAUGGCUCAGAUCGGCAGCUUCGUGCCGUGCGAGAGCGCCGAGCUGCACGUGGUGGACAGCGUCCUGGCCCGGGUGGGUGCCGGGGACAGCCAGGUCAAGGGGGUGUCCACCUUCAUGUCGGAGAUGCUGGAGACCGCCGCCAUUCUGAGGUCGGCCACGGAGGACUCCCUCAUCAUCAUCGACGAGCUGGGCCGCGGCACCUCCACCUACGACGGCUUCGGCCUGGCGUGGGCCAUCAGCGAGCACGUGGCCUCGCGCAUCGGCUGCUUCUGCCUGUUCGCCACGCACUUUCACGAGCUGACGGCGCUGGCCGCGCAGUACCCCGCCGUGCGCAACCUGCACGUCACGGCGCUCACCGCCCAGGGCACGCUCACCAUGCUGUACCGCGUGAAGCCAGGUGUGUGCGACCAGAGUUUCGGGAUCCACGUGGCCGAGUUGGCCUGCUUCCCGCCAUCUGUGGUUGCCAUGGCGAAAGAGAAGGCGGCAGAGCUAGAGGAGUUUCAGGAGCCUGCAGAUGAGGAGGCGGGGCCUGAUGCCAAGAAACGCUGCACAGACAAGCUGGCCGGCGAGAACAUGAUCCAGGACUUCCUGGAGCAGGUGAAGUCACUCCCUGCCGCCACCAUGAGCGACGAUGAGCUGAAGGCAAAGCUCCGGAGCAUGAAAGAGGAGUUGAUGACCAAAAACAACGGUUACAUCUGCGAUAUUCUGGCCAAUUGUGGGCCAGCCAUCAAGAGUUAGAUGAACAGGGCAGAUGUUUUGUUUCAGUCCGUCGCCUGUAUAUAGCGUUAACGUAGAGAAACCUGAGUUACAGCUUUUGUCAUUUAGAACUGUAGGUUAUGAAAUAAAGAACCAUGAUGCUUCUCCCUUCA